GCAGGUGCAUUGAGUUCAACGGCCACACUUCGCACCCAUCGCACCCCCUGCGAUGGCUGGGCCGCCAGAGGCGCUGGUUCUGCACGCUCUGUGCGGGCUCCGCCACGGAGAUGGUCUCGGACAAGCUGCAGGCACCCUGCCGCCUCCGCCCCACCUGCGAGUCGAGGAGGUACCUGCUGAAGAGCUGGACCAAGCUUGCAGACGCAGAGGAGUGGAGGAUGUGGCCAGACAAGCAGGAUGAGAUUCGAGAGAGACCAGGAUGGUCAGAAACGGUCGCGGACCCCUUCGCUGAUCGUGAAGAUCACAUCGAAGAGGAUCAGCUGCCGCAAUCAACAGAAGGCCUCGAGGCGGAGGUCCCUGACGAGCCCAGUGAGCAUGGCGCGGGCUUCGUGACCAACAUUGUGGUAGACAGGACCUCGCAACUAACAGAGCGGACCCACACUCUGGGAAACCGACAGACUGAACCCGAGGGGGAGGGCUUGGCCCGCGGAUGCCACGUGAACCGCGAACACAGCGAGCGACAUAGUCGGGGGACCUCGCCCGAGCCAGAGGGCAGCAGCAUCGAGGAUGACCUGAAGAGAAUCCGAGAGGUGGCUGCUGGAGUGAUCGAGAAUGGCGGCCACGCCGCGGUGCUCGACAGCGACCAG